CCGCCAUUUUUGAAAGGAAAUUUCUGCUCGUCGAAAAUCGGUCCCCUUCAUUUCUACGAUUUCACACCAGUUUUUGAAAAGAAUACCGAGCAAAUUUUACCGGAUAAACUGGUCUUUUAGACGAAAUGGAUGCCGACAAUUCUGGGAAUUUGGAUGCUUCAGAUCAUCAGAGUAUUUCACAUGAAGGUCAGUUCGUUUCUUGAGCAAGCUCGAAGCCUCUGUUUACACGAUAAUUUUUUGUAUAAUCCGCGUUACUUUUUGUCUAUUACAUGACAGAAAUAAUUCAUUUUAGUUCAUGCAAAGUUAAAAUUUCAUCUAUCAAAGGGAUCGAGCCUAAAAACAAGUUUCGUACACAUGUAUUACAUUUAUUAAGAAGGCGUACGUCUGCCAGUGGGCCUUGUUCAAUAAAUUUCCUGCGGGAAUCCACUGAAUUUGGCAGCCAUUAAUUCAAUAUACCCUGACAUCCUGAAAUAAACCGGCUUAAAUAAGCCGUAAUAUUAAUAAUUAGAUAAAUUACAAUUUCUAGGAAGCAGUAGCUCUACGAUGGAAACUCGACUGUGUGUGGUGGGUAAAGAAAAUGGCGAAAACAAAGAACUCAUGCAAGCAUUAGAGGUAAAAGCAAUAAAAUAUUUAAUAAGUUCUUACCCUGGGAAAUGUGGUUCCCUUACUUUUGUUAAAGAAGCUUAUUGUGACGUUCUGUCGCCCCAAUGACACAUAGAUAGGUACAGAUAGAUACAGAUAGAUUGAUACAUGUAGUUUAUUAACAAAUAAUUACGUAGCAGCCAAAAGCUGAAUUGAGUAAUUAAUACAAUAUCGAAAUACAGUACAAGAAAUAUAUAUACCAAAAAAUCAAAAAAUUAAAUAUCAUUACAUAUCAGACCAGGGUUCUCAUUAAGUACCGGCAGCUGGCUAAAAAACUGGCUACUUGGAGGUUUGAGCCAUCUACUUUUUGGGGAAAAAGGGGAAAGUGAGAGAGUGAAAGCCUGAAAUUGCCUACAGCACUCAGUUACCAAGCCGCCUACUUUUACAUCCUAGCUCACUGUCUACUUUAAAACUUAAUAAGAACCCUGUAAAUCAUACAAUUAAAAUAUUGUCAUAGAAGGUAAAAAGGAUAGCCUAAAACAAUUAUUGGUACUAGAAAUGGGAACAUUAAAGGUAAGUGAUUGGGCCCAUUGGAGGACUAGAUGGUGACACUUGUGUGAUGGAAUGCACAUGUCAUUAAAUAGCUUACAGUAAGUUGCUUCUCUCCAACUGCCCAGGCUGCAGAGGUUGGAGUGACUGAGGUUGUCCUCAUAGGUUCACUCCGGGCUGAUAAUAUGAAGGGUCCUCUUCUGAACCCCCUCAACAUAGUUUCAGGGCAGUCAAUUUAUCUGUCAUCAUCCUGUCUGCAUCUAUUGUGAAAACGGUCAAUUUUUUGUGAUAAUUAAAAUUAUUGUAUCUCUUUCUUUGCAGGCCUUGAAGAUUCCAGUAACCGUUUCAGAAAACAUUAAGGAAGCAUUGCAAUCACAAACUGAUAAUGUUGAAAUAGUAUUUGUGUGUGAACCUUUUGAAGGAGAAGAUUUUGAACUUUUACGCAAAGAAGAGCAAAGAAUCAUUGGACCACCAAUUGUACAUGCAUGUGCCAGAGAAGACCAGCCUUUACCAUAUAAUUCAAGACCACUUUACUGUACAAUCAUGUGUAAUCACAUUGUAUGCUUCACUGGAUUUCGUAAAAAGGAAGAACUUGGAAGGCUUUGUAAUCUUGUUCAUCAUAUGGGUGGCAGUAUAAGGAGAGAGUUUAGUGGAAGGGUCACACAGCUUGUUGCCAACUCAAUACAUGGGCAGAAAUACAGAGUAAGUAUUAUUAUUGUAACUGUAGUAAUAUCAUGGGUGACAAAUAACUCCUUAAUUUUGGCGGGAAAUAAAUAUAUUAUUUAACGUGUGAAAUUAUUAAAUUUCUUCGGCAACUCAGUGCCAAGAUGGCAUUCAAGGUUUUAAAAUAUUGUGAAUGAAGAUGUCAGGGCAUUAAAAGAUGGUUUACAAAACCUAUACUCACAAAAGAGGACAUCAAGAAGGAUUCCAACAGGUAUUUUGUCGAAAAUUCAGAAAAUUUAUGGUCUAAACUUUUAAGUGCAUGGAGUUCUUGAUACAAUAAACAAGUAAAAAAAAAUAAACAGCAAAAAAUUGUGAGCAUGAUAUGUCACCCAUGUAAAAUAGGCAAUCACAUGGUAUAUAAAAAUUAGGGACCAUUUCACUUGCAUUUUUUCCAAAUUCUAAUAAUUUCCUGAGCCUAUGAAAUCUUCCUUUUUACAUAAGAAGAACUAAACCACCCCUUCUUUUUCAUGAAUCAUUCAAGUCAUCAGGUCUGUACUGUCACCAACCCAGGGCUUGAAAAAAGCUUGAAUUCCAGCAGCUUUCACAUUUUGCUUGCCCAGGGCCAUGGCUUGCUUGUCCUAACUAAUGAUUUAAUUUAGUCACUAGAUGACUUGCCUGGAACGUCACUUGCCCUUUGGACAAGUGAAAGUUAAAAAGGUACCUACCCAACAAGGAAAUCUACUUUUCCCAGAUGACCCAACAGGGAUUUUUUCGAGCCCUGCAACCUCUUGUGGGUUUUUCCCCAAUGGUCAGCAAAGGAAUGAUGAAUUCCAUUAAGGCGUUUUGAGUUCAGUUCCUUUCCAGGUCAAAGAUUUUUUCUUUGCCUCGCAAGGUUCCCUGAUUUCCUUUACCAAGACCAGUGAAGACAGGGGAGAGAAACGGGCAGUUUAAUUUCUUUUCUCCCUAUUUUUUUCCCUAUUUUUCUCCCUCCUCCCUAAUUUUUUCGGCUGUUUCUCCCUUCUCCCUGAUUUUUCACCUUUCUCCCUGAUAAGUCUUUUAAGAGGCUUAUUUUAUUUGCUACUUCACCGCAGUGCCUCAUUUCCAUAAUUAUGUCUUAAAACAUCUGAAGACUAAUGCUCAGAAGGUUUUACGGUUCAUCUCUUGCACUUAGAUUUACACUUCAGAGUUAACUUUAUUUCCUAUCCUUUGUGUCAUAGUGCUAUAUACAUUAAUAUGUACCCUUCCCUAACAUUUUCUCGCCCCUAACAGGCUGCUGUAAGUUUGGGGACUAUGAUUAUGACAGAAGAGUGGGUAACAAGGUGCUGGGAAAGACGUAAUGAGCUGUAAGUAAUUUGAAAAGUAUUGUUGGUCACUUACUGACUUCAUUAUGUGACACACAUCGUGUAUACUGCUAAGAUCAGCAAACAAUUCUGGUGUUUUUUCAUGGUACUUAACACAUAUAAUUUUAUCGUUGAUAUGAAUGUGUAGUACAUAACUUAAUUUUAAAUGGGAUUGUUUUUUUAGGGGAGCAACUGCAAUGGAUGAAGGAAUGGUGAGUUUGUUUGUUUUUUCUCCUGCGUUUUUAAUUAACGAGAACAUAGGGUAAAAUUAAAAAUUCCCUUGGUGACUCAAUACCAGUUAUUAUUGUAAGCUGUGUGCAUGUAUUUCAUCUUCACUCUCUGGUAUUAAAGAUGUACAGUUCAUGACUGAUUUGAGCGAUUUUAUUAAAAAUUCAGUACUGUAAUUUGUUCAGGAAAAAUACAAGAUGAUGCCUUUUCACGGGUGUCAUCUCAGUUUUCAUGGAUUUCCGGAAGAGGAGAAGAAACACAUGGAAGAAUCUACGGAGAAGCAAGGUAAGAAUUUUAACUCCAUGUACAGUGAAGAGCAUUAGGUCUGGUGGACCCAAAAUAAAGUGCAGGGCACCCUGUAUAAGUCUGUGUUAUAAAGUGGACAUGAUCAUCAGCGAGUCAUUAACCAUUCUAAUAUUAUUUUUCUUUUAAAUGAACUUGUAUGCUCGCUGCAGUUGGGGUUAUUAAUCCCACACUCUUCUGUUUGGAUUAUUUGCUUUUACUAGUGGAAUGUGGAAUGUCUCUUAACUCAUUGCUGAAGUAGCCUGAGAAAACAUGAGCCAACAUAAUUGCGACGCCAGCAUUGGUUUCCCCACAAAAUGACAUCUGAGGAAAAAGUCCAGAAGUUCCAUACUGGUGACUCAUUGCUAACCAGAUCUGGGGAAGUAUGACUUAGCUCAGAAUUUCAAUACUGAUGAUGCAUCAAUAACCAGAUCUAGGGAAAAACAGUAGCGCAGAAAUUCCAUCCUGAUGACACAUCACUAACCAGAUCUGAGUAGUGCUUCUAUAGUGAUGCAUCAAAUUUAGUAUGGAAUUUUGGCCCCCUUUCCUCAGACACCAUUUUGCUGGGAAACCAAUGGUGAUGUCACUAAAUGUUUGCUGAUUUCUCAGGUUAUAGCUGAAGCAGAAGUGCACUUUCACGUAAACAACCCAUUUACCCGCCACUUUUGUUUUCAUGGUGGCAUUUUGUCAUGAAACAACCAUAGCUGUGUAGGAUACUCUUAAUUUCUUUUCUAAGGACCCUCAACUAAAAUAUUGCAAUGUUUUGUGUUUAAGGUGGAGUUCCUGUAGAAGCUAGUGACCCUCGCUGCACUCACCUGGUUGUAGAAGACAGUGUCAAAGAACUACCAAGUGGUUUGCUAGAGCAAUCACAUUGCCGGGCUGUCAAGCAAGAGGUAAGAUGGAAUCCUCCAGGAAAUUGAGUAAAUUUAAUUCUCAGUGGACAAAAACCAUGUACAAGAAUAAUUUAAAGAAUAUUGCAUUCUUUUUAACAUUUUUCAAGGCCUAAAGAUGUAAUUAGUCUUCUGUAAUAACACCAAAGAUAAUUUCUCAUGGGAGCCCGAGAAAAUGAUGGCAAAUUUCACAAGAAUUGUGAUUACACAGGUAAAAUUCUGAAAAUUUCAUGUGUAAGAUGUAAUUCUGUGAAAUCUGACAUUCAUGUUCUUGGGCUCCCAUGAGAAAUUUUCUUUGGUGUUACUAAAUAUGAUUAAUAGCGCUUUCUACUAAUGACGUCACAAAUUUCUGGUCCCUGCUGUGACUCAGACAUUAAACCUGACCAGUGUAAGAGUUUAGUAUGGGAAAGUCACGUUCGGCAACAAAUUUUCAUCGUCUUUGAAGAUGUUUAUCGUUAAACGAAAAAAAAAUCCACCUUGGUUUCGAUAAUAAAUAUCCUGAAAAUAAUCAACUCGUGCCAAGACAGCGUUAAACGUGGAAAAAACUGUACAGAUGAGUGGUUUUAUUCCUUAUGCGGCGUCAUUUUUGCGGGUAAAAUUAUGUUAAAAUGUGUGGAGAACAGGGCUUCAUAGCUAUGCGUGAAACGGUGCAUUUGGUUAAAUUUAUAGGCAAAGGUUGCUCAAUUUUUUUUCGAGUGCUUAUGUUACGCUAUAGUACUACGGGAUAUAGAGUACUAAAGUAUUCGUCGCGGAUUCAUAUGGUCUACCUGGCCGCAAAACAACAGAACAAACUUAUACAAUUUCCAGUUUGUGCUAAUAUUGGUGUGCUUUUCACCUUAGAUAUUCUGUCACAGGCCUGCGAGAAGCACCUGCCAAUUUGAUUUUCUCUUUAGCAAUUUCGGUUUUGGAGUAUUACACAGCCAAUAAUGUUAUGUCAUGUUUCAGUGCAUAGCGGUGCUUUCUGCCUAAGACACAGAGCUAGGGAUCCGAUUUCAGUAACCUUCUUUGAUCGAGUCGCUUUAUUUUCUGAUUUUAACCAUUUAUUUGAGUUACUGGACCAGGUUUUGCUCCCAAUAGCAGUAGUGCCUUUAAUAUAUUGGAAUUAUGCUCAAAAAACAUUUUAAAAACGCUAACUGUGAAUUUUAUGAACAAUUUUCAUGUCGGAUACGUAUGUUUCCCAUACAAAGCCUUGGAGUAGAAUGCAAAGUUUGUCUGAGUCACGCGGGGGGUCUAAGGUGACAAAACCUAUUUUUAGUAAUAGUAUAAAGUGCUAUUACAUCUUUAGCCCUUGAAAAAUGUAAGGAAGAAUUCAAUAUUCUUUAAAUUAUUCUGGUACAAGGUUUUUGUCCACUGAAAAUUAAAAUUACCCAAUUUCCUGGUGGAUUCCGUCUUAAGCUUUAACAACAUGUUACAGUUAAACCUAUUUUAAGUGGCCACUCUCUGUUGAGCAGUCAGUAAUCCAAGUGCUGAAAUGAUUGUAAAAGGGAAUGGUAAAUUGAACCUCUAUUAAGCGGCCGCUGCCACCUUUUUGCUGUCCCAAUAAGAGUUCUCCCAUUGUUGUCACCUCUAUUAAAAUGCCAUGAGGUCAGAAACCAAGCACUUGAUACACUCGAUUUGACUUUAUUUUAAGAAUAUGAUGAAGGAAAAUACAACCAACUGUGGACCAGUCAUGCUGCCUCUAUUGCAUGCUUGUUUCAAAAUAAAGUGAUGUUUCUGAUAAAUAUUAUGCUAAUAUAUGUCGCACAUCUAUUGAGCAGCCAACCUCCAUUAAGUUCACUUGCCGGUACUCUGAGGGUGGCUGCUUAAUGCAGGUUUGAUGGUAACACAAUUUGUUCUUGUUAUUGUCAAUUUGCGUGUGGCUGACUAACUAAAAUCUCAGUGAAGUAAACUAAUGGUUGAAAUUAACAAUAUCCAAUUACAAUCAAUAAUUAAAUUAUGAUAGGAAAGCAUUUCCUUCCUGAUUAACUGAUUAUUUAUUUAUUUUUUCUUGUUGAAAGAGCGGUACAUAGAUGCAUUUCAAUCAGCAUGAGCAGUGUCUUACCUUGUUGUUAAUCAUGAUUUUUGUAUUUUUUUUUUUCAAUUUCAGUGGUUUUGGGCAAGCAUUCACAUGGAUGCAUGUGCUGAUGAGUCACUGUAUCACUUCACUGCUACAGUAAGUCAUAGAAAUUUGAACAAGACUGUACACCCGGGGGGGUAGGAUAGGUCAGGGUUCCAGUGGGAGGGGGGGGUACUCAACAAAUUUUUAUAUGUGAAGGUUCUGCCCCAAGGUCCAACCCCUUACCCUUUUUGACAGAGAAGGUUCUGGAAAUUUUCCUCAUACUUUUUUCACAGCCUUAAAAUCCCUCUGUUAGACUUUUUAGUUUGAGGUCCUCUACAGAGCAAAAUGACAGAUUUCCCUACCCUUUCCAAUACUUCAAGUAGUGAAAUCCCUACCCUUUCAUAUACCUGAAAAAAAGUACCCCUUCAGGCAGAGCCUCCCCGUAUUGGCUAUUAUAGGGAAUUCCUCCCUCCAGGUCAGGGUGUGUGCUGCCCAGGAUCCUAAACCUUAUCCUAUUUAGGGAUGAUAAAAAGGAAAAUUGAUACCCUGUUCAAUACUCCUAAUACUCUAUUGGAUACUUCAGUUUUAACUGACGAUUUGCUUUCUAUACAGCCAGGCAAUUACACACUUGAAUUUUAGCUGAAGCCUGAUACAGUUAUGUACAUACCCUACAGCUAUAUCUAUGGAUCACACCAGGAACACAAUGCCAACAAGGGCAAAAAUGAUACCCUAAUAUUAAUAAUAGAGAACCUCAAAAAAGCCAUACCUUGUCAGGCAACACAUACUAGCCUACAUAUGGGAUUACCCCCUCCCCUUAGGCAUUGUUCCAACAAAAAUACCAGUAAUGUUGGAAAUAAUUGUUAAUACAUUAUAAAAGAAACUGAUCAAAAUUUAUUCAUUCUAAGGAUCCUUAUGAGCCUGCUACGAUGCACAACACACCAGUCAGCAGUCGCAAGAGGAAACGUCGCAAACUUAAGGACUCAGACCUUAGUGAUCUGCUAUCCCCAGACUCCCCUCUUUUCCAUCCAAAGCGUAAGAGCGGUGACCUGUUGUCUGUGUCUGGAUCUCUUCUUGAAAAUUCCUUGGUGUCACCUGCCACACCCAAAGGUACUGUAUGACCUGGGCUCCUUAAAAUGUACACAAACCAUCGAGUUGAAAAUCUUGCGCAUAAAACUAAAACUAUUAAAUCUAACCUUGUGGAAGAGUAACCCGCUACAAAGUGUAUCCAACUCAGCUGGAGAGACCAAAAAGAGAGGAGAAAUGGCAUCACCUCAAUUCACAUUUCUAAGCUUCUCAAAUGGAAUGGCAUGUACAAACCAUUUGAUUUUCCAACCAGAAUUUCAGGUUUUCCCAUCUAAAUGGCAAGUUACUCAGGGCCACAUUGUUCAAAGCUGGGUUAAGAUAAAGCCAGGUUAGUGCGAAAUUAGAAUUCAGGUAUGAAAGCUUAAAAAGCAAACUCAGUUUAAUUCUUUUUGCAUAUAAUAUGUUAACUGGAUGCUCUAUAAAGAAGAUAUUAGCUUGUUAGCUACUCUAAAAUUCGAGUAUAAAUAAAGUUUUUUGUUAUGUUAUGUUAUGGAAAAUUAUCCCAGAAAAUGCUUUUGAACAAAAUAAGACAAAACCCGCACUAAAAUUUAACCCCGGGUUUGUCAAAUCAGCCUUCAAACAACUGGGCCCUGGGUUCUAACCUUAACCCUUGCUCUAUCCAACUGAACUUGUUUUGGAGUGUUUUGCUGGUUGAUGACCAGAAAACUGCUGUAGCAUCUUCAGACACUUACGGGGAAUCUUGUUGUAAAGAUUUCUCUUUCAUGUUCAUAAUUAUGGUCUAUUUUCUCCCUCUAGAAACUCCAAGUGGAACCAUCUCACCGUUGACCACACCCAUAGCUCCACCCCCUAAACCUCUCACAUCACGACAGCAGGUGGCCAUGGAGCUGCUACAAACAGAGAGGAACUAUGUGGAAAUACUUACUAACAUUCUAAAGGUGAAUGGGACCCAAUUUCACUUGUCCUUUUUAUGGUCUUUUAGAGCAUUAAUCUUGCUAGCUCAGUUGGUAACUUACCAGACUGCAAAGCGGCAGGCCCAGGUUCAAUGCCCGACCAGGCUCCGGUUGUUCAAACGUUGGACAGUGCUAUUCACCGGAUAAAUCGCUAUCCAGUGGAUAAGUGUUAGAGAAAUCAACAGCGUUAUCCACUGAAUAGAGAUUUAUCCGGUGGAUAGCGUUAUGCACCUUUCGAACACUGGGCCCAGGCAAACACUCAGAGACACACUCACCGAAAAAUGCUCCCCCGGCGUCACCGCUCAUUUUGGUGUGUUUAAAAAUUGAGAAAAACCUCUGGGACUAGGGCCUCAGGAUAUUUUUACCCACUGUCGAGGUUUCUAUCGAUCGCUUGUUUUUUGCCUUGAGUCUUGGAAGAAGUUUGGAAAACGUAUACGAACUCUGUUAAUGGUAAUAGUUAAGCACCUAACUUGUGACUGUUCAUUGUAUGUGUAUAUUGUAGGUGUUCAAAGAGCCGCUAGAAAAAGAACCAUGCGGCGGAUCCAUCAUCUCGCCUGAGGACAUAAAGACAAUCUUUGGUCGGUUACCAGGCAUCCUGGAGGUUCACAAUAAAAUCAUGGUGAGACAAUUACUCAGCAACCCUUCAGAGACUCCCAGGGCUGGGUAGCCUGUGACAUUCCUAACCCGAGCGCAAACGAUAAGGACGCUCCUCAAACUCGCUAGUUUCGUACCUUCUGCCUUUAACUCAGUGCUCACUUAAUUCAAAAGUUGAUGUUUUGCACGAUCGCAGUGCAUCUGAUCAUGUUUGAUUUCAUUCUUUACUGCAGAAUGAACUUGAAGCGCUCUUGAAUGAAUGGAGAGAGGAUAAAUGCAUCGGGAAUAUUAUUAGUAAUCACGUAAGUUUGUAAAUAGUCAAUGCAGUGCCGGUCCGAUGUUCUAUCCACCACCUCUUCUAGGUGGCUACUUUUCCGAAAUAACAUAAUUUCCCCAGUCAAAUCACUAUACUUCUGCUUCUCGUUCAUGCAAGCGAGUCAACUUCGUUACCAGCAGGGUGCAAAGAAAAUCAUUUUUACAGCUUGCCAUUCGGGCAAGCUGAGGCUAGCAUUUACUGGCCCAGACGUCAUUUCAACUAGCCCCAAAAACUUUUUGACUAGCAGAAUUGAUUUGAAAGUUCUUCUGUUAUUUGAAUUCCUCAAAACAACAUCACCUGCCCAUCGGGCAAGUUAAAAACAGAAUUUACUAGCCCGAUAGCAAAAUCCACCGGCCCUGGGCUAUCGGACACUACUUUCUUUGCACGCUGUACCGGGGUCCUCCCCUACUCGUCCCCUCUCUUUCCCUCCGUAGGACAACUAGUAGAAGAACACCUGAAUACAGGUGUCCCUUCAAUAGAGGUAACAAAUACAAAGAUUAUGAGAACAUUUUUUGGUGUCCCUUGAAUGUAAGUGUCCUUUGAAUAGAGGUGUCCCAAAGGAGAGGCUCCACUCUAUCUUUGUUUUGAACUCCAUGUAUGUUUUCUGUCUUUUGACUAAUGUAGGCGGAUGAAUUAGUUAAGGUCUAUCCACCAUUCGUCAACUACUUUGAGAUGACAAAGGAGACUGUAGCGAGAUGUGAUCGAGAAUUCCCAAGAUUUCACGCCUUUCUCAAGGUAAAUUUUCUUCCUUUUCCUUGAUGAACUUUUUAGAAAACGACCUUUUCUUGCCCAGUCAUUCCACUAAGCCCCCGACCCUCAAAAGUCAAGGUUUGAAUUGUUACUCGAAAAAAUCAUUCCAUGUAAACGGAGUUCUUUGAGGACAACUGUUUAUCAGCAGAUUGCAGAAAUUUAACUCAAAGGUUCGAUUUAAGAUAAGUGAUAAAUAUAAGGUGAUUAAAGUCCUGGUUUAGGUCCCUUACAGUCAUGGCAGUUUAGAGGAAAUGACAUGAAUUUCCAAGAAUUGAUAAGCUCCCCCCAUCUCAUUUCAAAAACUACAGUUGACUCCCGAAAACUGGAACCCUUGCUAACUCGAACCAAAAUCCAUUUCCCCUUGAUUUCCUUCAUACGUUUACGUUAGUUUUACCCUCGGUAACACGAACCUCCCGCUGACUCGAAGUAAUUUUUGUUUCCCCUCAAAUCAUUUCUAUUCAUUUUUACCCCUGUUAACUCGAACCGUGUUUUGAGCGCUUAAAAAGUCGGGAAAAACAGUGUACUGGCGUCCGAAAUAUUCAAUUUUGAAUUUCCCAUUGACGUGUUGUAGGCUAUAGUUUACCAGUGGAGGCUGAUGUUGAACAGGUUUACUUCUCAAAACAGUAAAACGGAUGCUCUAUUUAGGUUAUAUUUUGUUACGUUACGUAUUGAUUUAUAACCUAGUAGUAUCUAUCAAUUUUCACUUAACAUUUCUACAAGUAAAUGUGAUUAAAAUGUUCACUGUACGGUAAAAACUGUUUUUUUUUCUUACUUCCGGCUAUUUUCUUCGAGCUCCCGAUAACUCGAACUUUUUUCUAUUUCCCUUGAAGGUUCGAGUUAUGGGGAGUCGACUCACUGUAUAGGAAAAAGAAGCUUAACCCCCCUCCCCCCAACCCUUGGAGCUUAUUUGAGGGAUUACCGUUGAACACGUAGGUCUCCUCAGGAGAACAAGGACUGAUAAAAAUUGUAGAUGCUCUCGUUGUUUAACCGCUUUUCCGUUUUCUGCAACACCAGAGCUUGAUACAAAACGGGAAUCCCGUCAUCCCGAUCAAAACGUUCGCUCAAUCCCGUAAUCCCGAUGGUUAUUUUCUGGAUCCUGCAUCUCCUUUAUUCUUUAAAUCCCGAGAUCUUGCCCCCAUUUUGCUUUAAAACCCCGAUUCCCCGCCUUUCUUAUAACGCGAAUCCGAAUCCCGAAAACAUACUGGGGACCCUCGUAAUAUAACACUCAUUCGCAAUUCUUUUGAAAUUGAUCAUCUUUUAACUAGGCAUGUCUAAGCAGACCAGAAUGCGGAAGACAGAGCUUGGCCGAACUACUGAUCAGACCUGUACAAAGACUUCCAAGCAUGAAUCUUCUUCUUUCAGGUUUGCAUUGCUCUUGGUACAAAUUAAACUAGAACCAACCUACUUCUUUUAGGUCUGCCUUUGCACUUGUACCAAUUAUGGACCUUUAGAUUGUAGGACGAGGUCGACUACGAGAACAGAUUUUCUCAGUACUAAUUAGCGCGCGCUCGCGAACCAGCGUCAUUUUGGCGGGAAAACGUGAUAGCCGUCGUAAGUCUACUACGGGUGCUCGCGAAAUGUCGUAGUGACGGGAAAAAGUUAUCAAAUUUAAGAAGUUAAAUCACUUUGUCAUCUGGAGAGGGCUUAACCUCCUUCAACAAAAAUAAUUGUACUACCUUUUCUGGCGAAAAAAAAAGUACAUUGAAGCUUUCCCGUGUGUCUAUUUUUUGAGAAUACGCGCAAUAAACCUUAACUCAAAUCUCGUCCUCGAAUUUAAAGGUCUCUAUUAUACAUGAUCCAACAUUGCAGCCCAAAACACCAGGGCCCAGUUGUUCGAAGGCCGAUUAGCGCUUAACCCGGGUUUCUUUUUCUUGUGUCCAAAAGAAUUUUCUCGGAUAAUUUUCUCUGUUAUUUUUAGAGCGUCUAAUCAUCAACUUGUAGACAAAAAGAAUUAAAACUGAAAUUUUUUUAAGCUUUCAGAUCCGAAUUCAAAUCUCAUACUAACCCUGGGUUAUCUUAACACAGCUUUGAACAACUCGGCCCAGUAUGAAAACCUGACAAUACCGGUCGAGUAUUGAAAGGCGCCUGAGAUAUGAAAUAAUUCUUGGAAAUAUUUAAAGCGAAAUAUGUCCUAAUGUUUUCGCUAAUUACGGCGUUAAAUCCAAAUUACUGUCACGUUUAUUUGUCGUCGUGAGUUUGAGAAGGUUAACUAAUGGCUGUUAGAUUUUGCUUUGACAUUGUUUCACAAAUCUCUCUCUCACACAGAUCUUCUGAAGCACACAGACAAGAAAAAUCCCGACCACACGGCUCUUGGCCUGGCGGUGGACUCACUCAAGAACGUUAUGACGUAAGGCGCCAUUUUCUUGUGCUAUUUUUAAUAUUUGCAGGCCUGCAAAUAAUUUUUCUUUUUAUAAAGGACAUACCUUCAUGAGGGUCACCGUUUUAGUCCGCGGACAAACCGAAACUUUUGUUGGACAUACAUUAUGUCAACUUUUAAUUUCUGUAAAGGCCCACGUUCGAUAUAUUCUAAUUCUAACAUGACUCCGAUGCUUUCUGGUCAUUUUUCUAUAUUUGGUUUGGUUUUCUUUGUCCUCAAUCCUCUUCUGGGAAUUGCAAUUUUGACCCUAAAGCCUCGGAGUCAUGUUAGAAUUUUAAUAACGAACGUGGGCUAUUCCCAUGAAAUUUUCAGCUACAAAAUGAGAUGUGGAGGAUUUCGUCGGACGUGGACAACUUAAGUUAUUGUACCCUGUCCAAUCUCGGCGUUGCCAGACAAUCCAUUGAACCAAUGAGAGGUCGCAGCGAAUACCCGUGGCUGGCAAAAAGCGCGGGAAAAUAUUAGAGUGUGAUUGGGUGUUUAAUAACCACUUACCAAGCGCAAGCACAGUGGUAAAAAGCCAAAGAAAAGCCGAUAUUUUAAUAUCUGAUUGUACCUUUCUGCAUUUAAGACGUUACUCAUUUUUUCUGUUUGCCAUUUCUUCCUUCAGUCACAUAAAUGAAGACAAAAGGAAAACAGAAGGGCAGGUUCAAAUGUUCGAGAUUCUGAGAGACGUUGAUGGAUGCCCUGUAAGUAUUUUUGGCCAGAAACCGGUCUUUUCGAUACAAAGUCGUUUUGAUGCCAGUCAUUUCGAUACAAAGUCGUUUCGUAACGAGUCAUUUCGAAACAAAGUCGUUUUGAUACAAGUUAUUUCGAUACAAAGUCGUUUCGUUACAAGCCGACUCGAUAGGGAUUUAAACAAUGAAACUGCACAACAAUUGCUAUCACUUAAAGGGCCUAUGUCACGCUAUUUGCUUUAUUUUUAAAAGGCUAACACUUUCCUCGCAUCAAGUGAAUUUCAAAAAUAAUGGCCCAGUUUUGUUAUUUAAGACUAUGUUUAGGUAUUAAAACUGUUUCCUGUCGUCUCUUGCCAAGGAUGGACACAGAUUGAGACUUGAAAAAGUUGGGCCACUCUUUUCAAGUUUUAAUGUAAUGCCUGAUGAAAUUUUCCCAAUUACUGUACAUCUACCUUGUAUGAGUAAAAGCAAUAAGAAAUGACUUCAAGGCAGCAAUAUCCUCGUGACGUAGCCCCUUAACCCUUUAAACCCUGAGAUCAAAAUUUGAAUUCUCAUUCGUUGCCCUUAUUCAUUUCCUACCGAAGUAGUGGGAAGAAGUUGAUAAAAUAUUAAGCAAGUUCAUCUUGUGUGAUCAUGUCCGUAAUUCUCAUGACCACUCUGUUUUACAAAGAAUUGAUAUUAGAAGGAGAAAUUUGAUGCUGAUCACUCUUAGGGCUUAAAGGGUUAAAAGUAUAGUUAGCGCGUAAGCAAGAAAAGCAAUGGGGUGAAUAUUCUUCGCUCUAAGGAAGCCAAGUUCGUAAAACUGUUUACACCUCGAGUGAAACAACUUUUAUCGAAACGAUUUGUAUCGAAACGAGUUUGUUGCCCAUGGAGAUGCAAUCGUUAGAUGAAUCUAUUGUAUAGCAAGUGUUCAGGUGACCUCCGUCUCCGUCAUCGUAUCUUAUUUCUCCUCACCCAACCUCUAAGGAUGUUCCGAUACUCAGGUUAUACUAUUUACCGCUUCUGUUCGUAGGCAUAUGUUCUAUCAUCGCAUCGUGUUUAUGUAACAAAAGUUGACACGUUUGAGUUGAGUGACACGAUCUGCGGCAAAGGAGAGGCUGUGACCAUAUUCCUGUUCAGUGACAGCAUGGAGGUGCGGAUAAAUCAAUUGGUUAAAUUCGCUUUUGAUCACAUACCUUAUUUACUCGAAUAAGUGCUUAAUCAAUUUUCACGCCUUAAGUGAGGCGCUUAUUCGGGGGCCGUGUUUAUUUGAAAGUUUUACGUGAUGAAGAAUUGUAUUAUUAAACUUCGGUAUUAUUAUUUUCCGUAUUAAACUGACAGAAUUAACGCCUUCUGAUUUUGAUUAUAUCACGACCGCGGCACUUAUUUUAAAACUUCUUUCUUCCAAAUGCGGCGCUUAUUCGAGUAAACACAGAGAACAGGACCAACAGUGCAUUUACCACGGUAUUUUCUAACGCAGUCUGCGUUUUCUCUGGUUUUGUGUUACAAAGCCUUGCGAAAUGGGUAUAAAAAAAUCUCUCCUCUUUGUUAACCAACCAAUAGCCUCCCACGCAGACGUUUUUAGGAAUUCGUCACGCGUUCCUUACCACACGUCGCUGACACGUUAGGGGAGGAUUUCGUGACGAGUCAAAGGAACGUCUGCUUGGGUGGAGUGGCUAUACAUCGCAUUUUGUUGUUUAGUUUGUUGCACAGCUCAAAGAGUGAACUUAGUAUGUUUUGGUUUACAAUGCCUCACUGGGUAUCCCUUUGAAUUUGUCACUUCUUACUUUCUUCCUUCCUUUCUUUUUUAUCCUUUUUUUUUCUUUGGUAGGUAACAAAACGACGAGGCUUAAAAAUGAUGAAUAACGUUCCUUUACCCAUGAAAAGUCCGGCAGCUCGCACACCACAAAAGGCGUAUAAGCACGUGAAAUUCAUGCCGCUGUCACAUGUCAGACGCGUGGUGGACAUCCGGGAUAAUGAAGGUAUGUAGUGCAUUGUGUAUUAUGUGUUAGUAGACAGAGUGUGAGAGACUGCGAAAAAAGGGCAAGUCAUGGAACCAGUCACUACACACUCCUGUAUACAGCUGUACACCUAUUUUUUCGUGAGUUUUUGCAAGCGACAAGGUUGUUUUGCGCGCCCACUUGCACUUUGAUUUGUUUCUCAUUCGACAUUCUAGUAUAAAAACGUAGACGCGCCGCACGAGCAUUCGUCGGUGCUAAACCCGAUGUUUUGUAACCAAGUAACUAGGAGUAUUACUUGUUUUGCUCUUCAUUUGUACACCUGGCCCGGGUUGCUCGAAGCAUGGUUAGUGCUAACCAGCGUUAAAUACCAUGGUGGAAACCUAUACAUUUCGAUACCUCUUAACCAACGGUUAGCGCUAACCAGGCUUCGAGCAACCGGCCCCUGGCCGCGGUUAUUCAAAAGCUGGAUAGCGCUAUCGACCGGAUACAUCACUACAUGUAUUACUAUCCAGCGGCUAAGUAUUUGGAAAACCAAUUGUGUUAUACGCUAGAUAGUGAUUCAGCCAGUGGAUAGCACUACGACAUUCUCGCUAAAACCCGACGACUAUCACGUUAUACCGCUAAAAUGACGCUGGUUUACGCGCGGGCACUACUUAGUAUUAGAGACUUUAAGAUCCAACGACGCGGACGGCAACGAGAACGUAAAAAACCCCAAUAGCUUUGAUUAGCAAAACAACAACUUUGCACGUGCACCAUGCUUUUUUGUACAUUUCUCCGCCCGUUUUGCACGACUACGACGUGAACAUGCCUAAUUUCGCGUUUUACCAAGGACGUAAACAAGCAACGACGAAAUUUUAUUUCUCUUACUGUACUUGGAUAUGGUACCUAGGAAUUCAGCUCCAGGAGGGUUCGCCUACAUUCGACAAAGUAAGUGGGUAGGAAUAAUUGCGAUAAAGACUGAAAGAACGUAAAUUCACUUUUUAAGCGACGUUCUCAUUACCGUCGCGUCGUUGGAUCUUAAAGUCCCUAUUGAGUUAAUCUCGACGACGACGAUAAUGUUAAUGACGAUGAUGAUGACGGUGCUAUUUUCUUUUUCCAACUGAAAUUGACUUGUAGUAAUUCAUGGAUUUUCUUUUGUAUUGAUCGCCGUUGUUUGUUUUUUUGCCCCUACAGAUUGUCAAAAUUUGUUUGGAAUCAUCUACCGCUGCCCCCAGGAAAUGAAAGAGAAAUUGUUGAUGUUUAGACUCGUAGGCGAUGAGAUAAACAAACAGGAAUGGCUGCAAAAACUUACCACUGGACUGGCUAAUACAGCGUGCACGGCUGAUACGGUAUGUACUGUGUUUACCCCUCUCACAGUAACAGCACGAAAUACCAUUCUGAUUCGCCACUUUUGAAACGAGAAGGGGAUUGGGGCAGAAACACGUCUCGCAAUUGAUUCUGGGAUCGUUACUGGGGACGCGCCGGUCAGCUAUUGGAGUUCAAGAUCCAACGACGAACGGCAACGAGAACGUCGCUUAAAAAGUGAAUUUGCGUUCCUUCGGUCUUUAUAGCGAUUAUUCCUACCCACUUUGUCAAAUGUGGGCGAACCCUCCUGAAGCUGAAUUUCAAGGCCAAGGACCAUGUCGAAGCUCACAAAGAGAAAUAAAAUUUCGUCGUUGCUUGUUUACGUUCUCCAUAAAACGCAAAAGUAGGCAUUUUCACGUUGUGGUCGUGCAAAAACAGGGGAAAAAAUGUACAAAAAAGCGUGAUACACGUGCGAAGUUGUUGUUUUUCCUUAUUAAACCAAUUUUUUUUUACGUUUUCGUUGCCGUCCGCGUCGUUGGAUCUUGAAGUUCCUAUUAGGGUGCUUAAGCAACAACGACUGCGAUAGCUACGAAAACGUCACUGAAAAAAAAUAGUUCGCGCUGCCUCAAACUUUAUCGCGCUUAUUCCAUCUCGUUUAAUUCGUCAAAUGUUGGCAAUUCUUUUUGCAGUUGAAUUCUAAAGAACUGUAUCAACGUUCAGGAAAAGAAAAAGACAGUUGUUGUCGUAUGUUCCUGCCCGCAAUAAAACGUCAAAUUGGGUACUUUCACGUCGUAGUCGUGCGACGAAGGCUAAGAAAUGGCUAAGAAAUGUACAAAAAAGCGUGAUGCUCGUGCAAAGUUGUUGUUUGGCCAAUCUAGACCUAUUGCAUUUUUGCCGUUCUCAUUGUUGUCGCCGUCGCUGUUGCUCAAGUUCCCUAUUGACCAAUUUUCCCCCCUCUCCUUAGUAACAGUCCCACAAGUCUUUGCGAAAGUUUUCUCGUCCCAGUUUCCCACUCGUUUUUAAAGAGGCGAAUGUGAAUCAAAGGCGAAAGUACCACGCCCAAAUAUAAACUUAUCUUUCUCGCGCGUUUUGCUGGACACCAGAGUUUGUGUCUGUUGAACUGAGUUACUAAGUAAGUAAAAAAAAAUCACCCAAGACAAAAGUUUUGAAAAUUUGCGAAAUUGAUAGUUACUGGGGUCAUGGUAAACGGGAAAAGACCAUAGAAAAAGUCACAGAAUUUAAGGAGUCCAAAAGACCACGAAACCUGCUCUUUGACGGUUAUCUUUGAUUGUAAAAAAGUGUUAAAGUGUUUAAAAUUAAUACAAAAAAUCGUGACAUAGCUUCUUAAAGGUACUCUUGAAGGUCUCACCGUGCGGGAACGUCAGUUGACGACGACGCGCGCAAAUCAAACAACUGGCUUGACCAAUGGCAGAACAGCAAAUUGGGCACCGGAAGUCGCGUUAAGUCCUUUCUGUGCGCCUUAACGUCGUCAAAUGACGUUUCCGUUCUGUUGCUAAAUCAGCCUAAUGGGGAUCGGGAAAAUGAAAACAUGGGAACAAAGCAAAGACAGACUUGACGAAUGGCAGAGCAGCAAAUUGAGCACCGGAAGUCGUGUUGAGUCCUUUCUGCGCGCUUUCUCGUCGUCAACUGACGUUCUCGUCCUGUUGCUAAAUCAGCCUAAUAUCGUUACUUUUCAGGAAAACUUUCUGACCACAGUCGACCCACAGGAAUUGAUGUUGAGCAAAAGCGACAUGUCAAACGGAACUCUCAGUCGCGCUGUCAGGUAAAGACUGAGUGCGCUUUUUUCAAGGAGGAUCUUGCAUACCGCUCCCCGCGCCGUCCCUUUCUUUACUUUUAUCAGUAUCCUUGGUUAGAGCGUGCAAUUCUUGUACUACUCUGAGAUAACAAGGAGUUAAACAGAUCUCCCCUCUAAUAAGCCCCUUUUCAGGGGAAGAAAAUUAAUAAGCUCCCCACCCUCCCCUCCCCUAAUUAUUCUUUACUAAUAAAUGCGAGCCUGUAUUAAUCAAUCGUGACUGUAAAACCUGGUGUAGACUGAUCCAGGAUGGCUUAUUUACCAACUGAAAGUUCGGAUUUGAUUCUGGUCCUCGGCUGCAUGACCUUUAACCUUAUUGUACCUGAACUGAUUCCACCGUCUUUUUAAAUUAAAUAAGUCCCCCUCUCAAAUAAGCCCCCCCCCCCCCUUAAAUGGGCUUGAAAUAAAUAAGCCCCCUGGGGGGGGGGCUUAAGAAAAUCUCCACAUUUGAUUUAAAGAUUAUCACUAGAGAAAAGAAUCGGUUGUGAGUUUAAACACCGCAUUAACGUCAAACCACAGAGAUGGCCACUUGACCAACUUUUGCUCCGUAUAUUACGCUUGUUGACAAUUUCGUCUCCGAGGUCCUUUCUCUCAAAAUCGAGGGGCGCUUGUUGUUGUUUUCAACGUGAAGAGGAUUAUUUUCACGUUCAUGGGUAAGAUUUUUUCUCAUUGCUCUUGGAGACAUUGGCAAUCGUAUGAUCAUCUCUACAGUUUUCUGCAUACCGGAAUUGCUUAACCUCUUCAAGGAACACUUGUCACUUGAAUGGCCAGGUGUUAAGUUCUCUCAUUUCUCUUAACACAGGGUCGCGAAGAGAACAACAAGAAAAGUCAGCAGGGCUUUAUCCAUGAACAAGACUCCGAAAAAAGCUGGACUUCUUCGAAGGACGACUUCCAGGUAUUUAGCGUGUUUUAUUCCAAACUAGAGUAACAGGUUUGCUAAAAAGUUUUUUUCGCAAACUGGGGCAAAGGUUUUGAAAAACAGGCUUUCCCGCUGCACUUUCCAUUCAGCCAAAAUAUCCGUUUCAGACGAAUGAAAUGCAAAAGAAACUCUCGCUUCAAUUGAACAUUUUUGUUGAUUUUACCCUAGUUGAAAUUAUUUGGCAGACGUCCUAGCAUUUUCGUUGAUAGCUCAGUUGCACCUAAGAAGAAAUUUAUUUUCUGGUAGUAAAAGGCAAUAAGUUAUAUUUUGGUGUCCAUUCAAUUUUUGCUGUAAGUUUUAACUCCUCCUUUUUUGCCUUCCUUGCGUAGUCCCUAGGCCUAUGCGUUUCUGGUAACGUGGUCCGAGUGUUUUUCAGGCCUUUCGUCUCGGAUACGGCAGUCACCGAAGUGCAUUAACCGAGAAGGCCUGGGGAGAUGCCGUACAGUAGACUAGGCAAUACAGAGGUUAAGAAUCACGUUUACGUCAAACGGCAAACGCGAAUUUGUACCACGUGACCAAGUUUCCCCGUUACAUGUAGUUUACUGUUCAUUAUUUCUACACAUAUAUUAGUAGUUUCACGAAAUUUUUUAUCCAUGAGAAUCGUCUUGAGCUGUUUCAUCUGCUCAUUUUCUAUUUUGAGAAAUUUGCCGUAUACGCGAAGCUUAAACUCUCUAGUGGCUUUCCUACAUCUUGUUUGCGAAAGAAGCUAUUUCGAUGAAGAUCUUUUCUUUUAGCAACAAUGAUUUUUUCCCUCUCUGUUUUUUAUAGUGUUUCGCCAGGUAUUCGUCGAGUUCCUAGUGCCAGCCCUCUUGUGCCCUCCAGUCGUAUUAAUCAAGGCUUCCUCAAAGGGACCAGGCCGAGAUCAACAAGUGUCCCAGGAGCAGAGCCUAUGAGCCCGUAAGGAAUUAGUCAGCGUCAUUCUCAAGCCGCGGAAAAAGUUGGUGCUCUGUUUUGUUAUUGAUCACGUGACAUUAUCUUUACAAUCCUACAUUUUGGCGGGAGACUGCACCGAAGAAGUUUGGAUGUCAGAGAGGGCUGCAAUGGCUUUCUUGACGUUUUUUAAUGGGACUCAAGAAUUUGAAAUAAAAUACAGCUUUUGCUUUGGAAAAUUCCAGUAAAAAUGAAGGCAACUUUGCGCGACUUUUAAAAAUGUCAUGGCAACUUCGUUAAGUUGCAACAGGCUGCGGGAGAUUAUUAAGCCAAUUAACUCUAUUACUCCAAUCACUGGAUAAUCUUGAAAUUCAUGGAAUUUUAUUUGGAUAAAUUACUUAAAAUCAAAUAUUAUCACAUGCAAGUAUUAUACUAAACUAGCAGGCACAUCAGGAAUAUAGGAGACGA